AUGUCUCGCUUUUCCGGAAAAACUGUCAUAGUCACUGGAUCCUCCAACGGAAUCGGUCGUUCUACUGCUCUUUUGUUUGCUAAAUAUGGAGCAAAUGUGACAAUUACUGGAAGAAAUGCUGAUCGUCUUGAGGAGACAAGACAACUUCUUCUGAAAUCUGGAGUCUCGGAGAAGAAUAUAAACGCAGUAGUUGCUGAUCAACCUGGUGCCAUAUACUACGCAAUCGCCAAGGCUGCUCUCGACCAGUACACCAGAAGUACUGCAAUUGAUCUUAUUCAAUAUGGAAUUCGAGUCAACUCUGUGAGCCCUGGAAUUGUUGUAACUGAAUUCGGUGGAGAGCAGCUGGAUUGUCAGAUGAAAUGUCAAAGAAGUUCUACGACUUCUUCCCAUCUCACAAAGAAUGUAUUCCUGCUCGGGUCGCUGGACAACCAGGAGAUAUUGCCAAUGUGA